AUGACUCUGACUCGCCACGGUGCUGGUUUUCCUGCUGGUCUUGCCCUGACCAAGCUCAUCCUCUUUUCACUCUCACGCUUCCCGGUCCUCUAUGCCGCGCCGCUCGCAUCUUCCGUCGUCGAUAAGUUAAGGCACACGCCCGAGCCUCCAGAUGAGCUCAGCCUAUGGCUCUAUCUUAGCAUUGCCGCCGCACUGGUCCUCAGCGGUGGUGCCUUUGCAGGUCUGACCAUUGCUCUCAUGGGCCAGGAUGAAAUAUACCUGCAAGUCAUCAAGACAUCCGGCGAAGAAGGGGAAAAGAAACAAGCGGCAAAGGUCCUGGAUCUGCUGAAAAAGGGAAAACACUGGGUCCUUGUCACUCUACUAUUGAGCAACGUUAUCGUCAAUGAAACUCUUCCCAUAGUCCUGGACCGUUCUCUUGGAGGUGGUUGGCCCGCCGUCCUUGGGAGUACUGCAUUGAUUGUCAUAUUCGGAGAAGUUGUCCCCCAGUCGAUAUGUGUCCGCUAUGGUCUACCGAUUGGAGCGUGGAUGGCUCCAGCUGUCCUUGGCUUAAUGUAUAUUACCUCACCUCUUUCAUAUCCGAUUGCAAAACUCCUCGACAGACUCCUCGGCGAAGAUCAUGGCACAUUUUACAAAAAGGCUGGCUUGAAAACCCUUGUCACGCUACACAAGAACCUCGGCACAGCUGGCGACCAACUCAACUCCGAUGAAGUCACCAUUAUCAGUGCAGUCCUCGACCUCAAAGAAAAAUCCGUGGGAAGCAUCAUGAUCCCAAUGCAAGAUGUCUUCAUCAUGUCCGCGGACACCGUUCUCGAUGAAAAGAUGAUGGAUCUAAUCCUCUCCCAGGGCUACUCUCGCAUCCCAAUUCACGCGCCUGACAACUGUCAAAAUUUUGUCGGCAUGCUCCUGGUCAAGAUGCUGAUUACCUAUGAUCCCGAAGAUUGCAAACAAGUGCGAGAUUUCGCACUUGCCACCCUCCCAGAAACACGGGCAGAAACCAGCUGCCUCGAUAUUGUCAACUUUUUCCAAGAAGGAAAAGCGCAUAUGGUGUUGGUCUCAGAUUAUCCUGGAGAAGAUCACGGAUCUCUAGGCGUUGUCACGCUCGAAGACGUGAUCGAAGAGCUUAUUGGAGAAGAAAUCAUCGAUGAAUCCGAUGUCUUCAUUGACGUGCAUAAGGCGAUCCGUCGAAUGGCACCGGCACCCAAAUUCAACUUUCCAAAGGGACAUUUUGUUGAAGUACCACCCUCUGCGCAUGCCAUCGGCGUCGAAACACUCUCUACUACACGACAUUCAGACACUGAAUUGCAUAAUGAACAGCAACCACGAAACAACUCUUUCCAUUUCGGAUCACCUCCUCCUCCCACUUUCUACCUACGACAAACACCCAUUAUCGACAAACCCGAUGGCGUAGGCCAGCCCAUUAUCCAAAGGGGCGCCACAGCAGAAAUCAAAGAACAACUGAAACAUCUCGGUCCAUCAAAUCUCGCAAGCCGCCCCCGACAAACGCGAUACAACGCGGUCAAAAUCAAACGGGCUAGCAUGUCGCCCUCAAGAUCCUCCCAAGUUGCUAGCACACGGGACUUUUAUCCAGAAUAUCCUACACCUUCCGAUGUACACCCAUCUGAAUCCGACAGCUUACUAGUGAAACCCGCCAGCGAAAGCGCAGCUAAUUCCAAACCAUCAUAUGGCGCUGCGGCAGGUCAAACCUUCCAUCCAUCCUCUCAUUCAACAAAUUCUAUCACCAAACAAGACCCUAACAAGGUCACUUCUGACCCUCAGGGAAACAUAACAUCGCAAAACACAAUCACCCACGAGUCUCCGGCCAAAACACGCGGCCCCUCCCCAUUAUCACGAAAUGGAACUCGUUCUUCAAGCGCCACCUCUGACGCAUCAUCCGCCUCUGUGGCAUUUUACCCUCGUGGCCCAACAAGAAGCGGCAGUAUAACAGAACAAGUCAUUGACAUCCACGGUAUCCGCAAGGUCGUUCUCCAAACAAGUGAUCGCAACCUCUCUGAAUGUGACAGUAACCACAGUGCACGGCCUUCAUCAUCCUCACAGGCCAGCGACACGAAAGAUAGAUCAUCAGAAACAUAUCAAACAGGUGGUGAACCGUCAACCCAACAAACAAAUACGACAGCCUCGGGCAAGAAGAAACGAAGACGCAAGAGAAAACCCACCGGCUCGAAACAGGGCGAUCAGAACGACGAAUCUCGUCCACUUUUAGAUUGA